CUUAGCCUUUUAUUUAGCUCAUUUAUAUAUUUUACAGCGCAUUAGAAUGCAUUACAAGUUAAGAUACAAGCAGUAAGGAAAUAACAAUGAAAGAAGUCUUGCUAUUGUUAUUUUUUAGUGUGUUAAAAAUUAGUCUGUCCUUUGCAGCAAGUGAGUCAGUUUUCUGCAUUUCAUCUCCAAAUAUCGAUUGGCUCUACAUUCGUUUGCUAAUUUUCGCAGGUGGUGAUUGCGACAAUUUACAAAAUAUUCCAGAUAGGAACUUGAUUCACGAUAAGAGGUUAGAGGUCGAUCCCUGUGGAGACCAGAUCUUCAAACACUGCAGCUCCAAUCAACAUUCUGAUGGUUGUGUCACAACGACAAAGGACCCUUCCACAACCCCAUUUCAACUCAUUGUUCAGGAGUAUAAUUUUACAGCGAAGAUGGUGAAAAGUAAUGAUUAUGUCACUACUGUGUACACAUGUGAUUGAUUACAACUUGAUCUUUGUGGUACAAUUAUUAGUUGCAAUGAUGCUCCACGUCCAAGUGGAAUUUUUUAUUCAAGUUCGUCCAUCCACCGGAAAUGGAACUUAUGGCCCUCAAAAGUUGGGACAUUUUACGGAUCAAAUUUUUCCACAGUGCAACUCCUACGCUUGUUGUGGCCAAUCUAAUGCAACCAAUGUAGCCCGAAGGUGCAAGGAUGCUCCGAAUGCUCCGAAUAAACCAAUUUUUAACAAGAAUUUUUACACAAUGACAUACUCUUGGCACCCACCUGAAGGAUACAAAGGACCCGUUCUAUUUAUAUCUGCAUUCAGUCAAUCCAACAGUGAUCACUGGGAAAAUAUUGCUUCGAAACCAAUUUAUAUAGCUAUACCACCACCUCCAAACACCCCACCACCCAAACUCACGACCACAACGCAAAUGCCUCUCACAACUCCUAGUGAAAUUGCUUCAACACAGAUUACUGUACCCUCAAGUUCACCUACAUCAGCAUCGACAAGCCAAGAAACUACGAUAGGACCGUCAACGUCAACGGAAGGAACAUCUACCGUGUCCACUACCAACAUUAUUACUUCCACCACAGAAAGUAUAAUUACAACCAACAGCCUACCAAAGCUGUACUCCACCACAAAAAAAGCUCCGGUAACAACUCGAGAUACAGUAAAACCAAAGACAAAAAAACCUACGACCCUUGUCCCAAAACGAUUGACUGCUACCACAACAAAGAAACUGGUCACAAAAAGGACAACCACCACCACAAAACCAGUCCCUAAAACAAAGAAACCACAGAAAAUUCCUGUUCACAAACUGACGACUCUUGCACCAAUGCCUCUCGAGCUACUUGAGACGACCUCACAAACUCCAACAGAACCGAGCUCUACAACACUUGCUGGAGAAGUUAUCGCCCAUAGACCAGGUCUUAUCUUGACACCAUAUCAUCCUUACAAACCCAAGCCCAAAACCCGUCGACCAGGGCCCGAGCUUCUCCCCCCACCAAAAUUGUCGAAUAAAAAACUUGCACCAAAAACAUCCACAAAAAGCAAGGCAGCUGCCUUAUCGUGGGAAGUAGAAUCUGAUGAAACAAGGUCUUCAGAGCACGUCGAUAAUAAAGUCAUGCACAAACCAAAUGUACAAAAACCACAGAAAAUUACUCAUCAACGUCAGAAGAAUCCGUAUGCGAAUGAUAAACAUCUCGGCCAAACAAUGCAAGGAAAUCAACAGCAACAGCUUCCUUACAGUAACGUAAUUAAUCCUCCUACUCACGCCACUCCUGUUUUCUCUGUAAACAGUGGGGGUGCCCAAAUGCGAGACCCUCAUGGAUUCGUUCUCCAAGCUAGUCCGUACUCUGCUUCAAUGUACAAAGUCUGAACUAUUUUCUACCAUUUACGACACAUGACACAACCGCCGUCAUAAAUAAGUAAAAUUAUGCCGUUGUUCGAUAUUCUGAACGUGUCACUAACUUGCGUAGGUUUUGUAAGUAGCUUUUUUAUUACUGUUUUGUGCAUGGUUUUCAUUCAAUCAUAAUUCCAUUCCUGUUAACUGUGUACUACAUUUAGUAACUUUUUGAAUAAGACAUUUUAAUAAACUUGCAAGUUAUAUGAAAAAUAAUCCAGUUUGCAACAAAAUGUGAUGUGUGACUUAUUGCCUGGCAAAUUCCUAAUAUGUAUACGUCUUACCAUUGUUUACGAAUAUGACCUUUACUAAAUAAUGGAUUGUGCUUUUUCAUUGUCCGUAUAUCCAACAAUUAAUAAUUUCAUUGGAAUCUGGGAAGCAGUUGUAUAGCUUUUUUGCAUUUAACGCCAGAGAAAUGCAAGUAUUUCUGAUAUUCAUUUGGACAGGAUUGCAAAUAAUUGGAAGAUCGCUCGCAGACAGCAGUAAGUUCAAUAAGAUCUAUAGCUUCUAGGUAUUUUAUUUAUACACAACAUAACCUGUGUAUCACUAUAAAUACUUUAUAUAUACACAUUAUUAGGUGGUGACUGUGAAAAUCGAGAAAAUCCAACAGGACGCAACUUUAUCCAUAAUGAAACGAUAGAAGUGGAUCCAUGUGGACCUCCCACAUUUUUAAAAUGUCUAAAACCGGAAGUAGAAAACUGCACCACAGCCGCAAUAAAUGGAGACGACUCAUCCUACGAAUUUAUUGUUGGGGAAUAUGAUCCGAAAGCCAAAGCCG